ACCAAAUUCCCCGCCAUGUAUCCCCCCUUCCUCCUCCUCCUGCUCACCGUCGCCGGCGCCGGCGCCGCCACGCCGCCGAAUGCGUACCCGUGCGCGUCGGCAGCGGCCAACUCGUACCCCUUCUGCAACGCCUCGCUCUCGUUCCCCGCCCGCGCGCGCGCCCUCGUCUCGCUCCUCACACUCGACGAGAAGAUAGCGCAGCUCUCCAACACGGCGGCGGGGGCUCCGCGCCUCGGCGUGCCGCCCUACCAGUGGUGGUCCGAGUCCCUGCACGGCCUCGCGGACAACGGGCCGGGGGUCAACUUCUCCUCGGGCCCCGUCGCCCGGGCCACCAUGUUCCCCCAGGUCAUCCUCUCCGCCGCCUCCUUCAACCGCUCGCUGUGGCGCGCCGUGGCCGAGGCCGUCGCGGUGGAGGCGCGCGCCAUGCACAACGCCGGCCAGGCCGGGCUCACCUACUGGGCGCCCAACAUCAACGUGUUCCGCGACCCUCGCUGGGGCCGCGGCCAGGAGACGCCCGGUGAGGACCCGGCCGUCAUCGCCGCCUACUCCGUCGAGUACGUCAAGGGGUUCCAGGGCGAGUACGGCGACGCCAAGGAAGGCAGGAUGAUGCUCUCCGCCUGCUGCAAGCACUACGUCGCCUACGAUUUGGAGAAAUGGGAGACCUUCACGCGGUACACCUUCAAUGCCAAGGUAAAUGCACAAGAUUUCGAGGACACAUACGAGCCUCCUUUCAAGAGCUGCAUCCAGGAGGGGCGUGCAAGUUGCUUGAUGUGUUCAUACAACCAGGUGAAUGGUGUGCCAGCAUGCGCGCGCAAAGAUCUACUGCAGAAGAUUAGGAAUGAAUGGGGAUUUCAAGGGUAUAUCGUAUCUGACUGUGACGCUGUGGGGAUUAUUCGCGAAUACCAGUCAUACACAACUUCAGAUGAAGAUUCAGUAGCGAUUGUUCUUAAGGCUGGAAUGGAUAUCAACUGUGGAUCUUUCCUGGUUCUGCGUACGAAGUCGGCACUUGAGACAGGAAAGAUACAAGAAGAAGAUAUCAACCGUGCUCUUUUUAAUCUGUUUUCUGUUCAGUUACGUCUUGGGCUUUUUGAUAAAGCCAGUGGAAAUCAGUGGUUCACUCAACUAGGCCCCAGCAAUAUUUGCACUAAGGAGCACAGGGAGCUCGCAACAGAAGCUGUUAGGCAGGGUACUGUCUUGUUGAAGAAUGAUAACAACCUUUUGCCUCUCAAGAGAAGUGAAGUUAGUCAUAUUGCUAUCAUUGGACCAGCAGCAGCUGAUUCAUACUUAAUGGGUGGAGAUUACACAGGUGUUCCCUGUGACCCUAUCACCUUUCUUAAAGGCAUGAAAGCCUUUGUUCCGCAAACAACCGUCGCUGCUGGAUGUAAGGAUGUAUCUUGUAACUCAACAGAGGGAUUUGGCGAAGCCAUUGAAGCAGCUAGGAGAGCUGAUAUUGUUGUUGUGAUUGCUGGGUUGAACCUGACUCAGGAAACUGAAGAUCUUGAUAGAGUGAGCCUUCUCCUUCCAGGCAAGCAGAUGGACCUCGUAAAUAGCGUUGCUAGUGUAACAAAGAAGCCCAUUGUGUUGGUUAUCACGGGUGGUGGUCCUGUUGAUGUUUCUUUUGCAAAGCACGAUGAAAGAAUUGCAAGCAUCCUGUGGAUCGGAUAUCCAGGGGAAGUUGGCGGACAAGUUCUCCCAGAAAUUCUCUUUGGAGAGUACAACCCAGGAGGAAAAUUGCCUAUCACAUGGUACCCUGAAUCCUUCACCACUGUUCCAAUGACUGAUAUGAACAUGAGGGCCGACCCUUCACGCGGUUACCCUGGAAGAACAUACCGGUUUUACACGGGAGAUGUGGUUUAUGGUUUUGGGUAUGGAUUGAGUUACUCAAAGUACUCAUACAACAUCGUAGGGGCUCCCAGGACAAUUAGCCUGUCACGUUCAUCAUCCCCAAGCCUCAUCAGUAGGAAGCCCGCAUACACAAGGAGGGAUGGGCUAGACUACGUCCAGGUUGAAGACAUCGCGUCAUGUGAAUCCCUAACAUUUUCUGUCCACAUAUCGGUUUCCAACGAUGGCGCCAUGGAUGGGAGCCAUGCUUUGCUACUCUUUGCGAGAUCAAAGUCUAUCGCUCCAGGCUUCCCACUGAAACAGUUGGUUGCCUUUGAGCGCGUCUACACAGCCGCUGGCAGAUCAACCAGUGUGGAGAUCAUGGUAGAUCCCUGCAAGCUUAUGAGCGCAGCCAACACUGAAGGCAGAAGGGUGCUGCUCCUGGGAUCCCACCAUCUGAUGGUAGGGGAUGAAGAGCAUGAGUUUGUCAUCGAAGCAUGACAAGCUAGUGGUACAUGCUACUACACCAAUACACCAUGUACUACACCACACAUGUCAUUAUAGCUGUCAGAUUUGGAAUAGUCGGAUUGACACCUGUACAACUGUUCAAAAUUGUUGUAAAGAUUCAUUGGGUGCAUCGUGUACGGUUGAACUGAUUGCAGUAAAACUGCAAGCAAUAAAUUUCAGUGUAGUUCUGUCU